CUGGGGUGGGGCCAGGGCUCGCGCAAGUCUGGUCCACGCGGCGGCGCGACUCUGCGCGGCAAAGAUGGCGGCCUCCGGCUGGGCGCGCGCCGCCGUGGUUUUUCUCUGUGCCUGUGAUCUGAUACUGCUCCUGCUGCUACCGCCGAGGGCCUUCGCCACCGAGGGCCCGGCCGAGACACCCGGCGAGGCCACCCCACCUCCCCGGAAGAAGAAGAAGGAUAUUCGCGACUACAACGACGCCGACAUGGCUCGUCUUCUGGAACAGUGGGAGAAAGAUGACGACAUAGAAGAAGGAGACCUCCCAGAGCACAAAAGACCCUCUGCACCGAUAGACUUCUCGCAGAUAGACCCGGGCAAGCCCGAGAGCAUACUGAAGAUGACGAAGAAGGGCAAGACGCUCAUGAUGUUUGUCACCGUGUCAGGAAACCCCACCGAGAAGGAGACGGAGGAGAUCACCAGCCUGUGGCAGGGCAGCCUUUUCAACGCCAACUAUGACGUCCAGAGGUUCAUCGUGGGGUCAGACCGUGCCAUCUUCAUGCUGCGUGAUGGGGGCUAUGCAUGGGAGAUCAAGGACUUCCUGGUCAGUCAGGACAGGUGUGCCGACGUGACCCUGGAGGGCCAGGUGUACCCUGGCAAAGGGGGAGGGAGCAAAGAGAAGAAUCAAACCAAGCAAGAGAAGGGCAAGAAAAAGAAGGAGAGAGACCCGAAACCUCGGGCUUCGAAGGAAGACAAUCGGGCUGGGAGUAAGAGGGAAGAACUGUGAUGGGGCAGCCUCGCUGUGCAGAGGAGGAGGGCAUGGGCAACCACACACUCACAGGCUUCUCGUCUCUGCUGAGAAAGGUCUGCCAUGUGGCCAGUUUCUGGUCAGCAAAAGAAUUACUGUUUAAAAGGCUUCAAGUAAGAGGACAGAGGUUUUGUAAUUAACAUGGAACACUGACAGAUUCACAUUUACCAUAAAAUCACUUUCAGUGGAAACCUGCAGGUGUGGCUUUUUCCCACUGAAAUGUGGAGGCGUCUUUGGCUGGACCAUGGCACCACACCCCUGGCCCUACCUGCUUUGACCUGCAGCCUUCUGUAUUGUUUCUCUUAAACAAAAGGAUACCAGGUUCUCAUCAGACGAACUUAAGACCCUCAAUGCGUUGAAUCAGUCUCUUGCAGACACCACGUCCAUUACUGUGAAAUUAAAAACAGGCCACAGGAGCACAACUUAGUGCUCCAACAUCUACAUACGCAGUCAGGACGCCAGGACACGUGAAUCCCAAGUCUCUGCAGAAGACAGCAGAAAAUCACACAGCUUGAAAAUCCCGAGUAAUUACUUGAAAUUUAUUGGAUUUAAACCCCUCACAUCAGUUACGGAGAACUCUUGAUAUCGGUCAGAUUUUGUGUGGUCUGUGAAUCCAGGGGUCCUAUCCAAACAGGACCUUACUUAGGAAAGUCGUGCUAGUGUCACGAGUCAUGUGCUCCAUCUAACAUGAUGAUUUUCCAGGGUGUGACUCAGGCAUUGGCCAAGCUUCUAAACCUGUUCCUUUGAUAAAGUGCCUAAACUUGUGGUGAUUUUGUAUGGUACUAAUGUGAUGUGCUACCUGUUACUGUCUGACAUUGCUGUUCCUGUGUCACAGCCUGCUCUGAGUGAGAGUUAUAGAAUUUAUACCCAGCUGUCAUUUCUAAGAACUAAAAUUAUUUGUUAAAAAAAGAAAAGCUUCCAUCAUGAUUUUAGCAAAUUCAGAAAGGUUUAGAAAACAUCAUCAUUAAUGGUACAGAGUAAAAUGUCUCCCCUUGCCCCCCACUGCCGCUGCCUUGUGGAAGCUACUGUUAAUCUGUUUUUAUAAAAAAAAAAAACAAACACACUUACCAGUUUAUAGUGAUCUGUGGGAUAAUACGUGUUUGUUUUGGCCUCAUGGCACCUAGUUCCCGUUAUUUUGGUAACUUAUUUUCUGAUUUCCGUGUAAUGAUCCAUGCACUCUCCAUUUUCUGUUCUUUGGUGGGGUGGGGGGUGGAUGUUUGCCCUGUGGGCCCCCAACUCCAGGGUGGAAUUAAUCCUAGGGUGAGUUUGCAUGAGCCACCUCAGGAAUCCCUGGUAACUCAGACGUUAAAAGAAUGUGCCUGCGAUGCAGGAGACCUGGGUUCAGUCCUUGGGUCAGGAAGAUCCCCUGGAGAAGGCAGUGGCAACCUAUUCCAGUAUUCUUGCCUGGAGAAUCCCAUGGACAGGGGAGUCUGGCGGGCCACAGUCUGUGGAGUCUCAAAGGGUGGGGACACGAUUGAGUGACUUAACACACACCCCCCCCAGGAAGAGGUGUUUUCUGUUUCUUGCACAACUUGCACCCAGGAGAGUGAGGCUGGAGCUGCUAUUGCCACCUUGCCCCCUCCAGGGGAGAACUGUCAGGCUGGAGGAUGAAGCAAGCAAUGGGGAGAAGCAGGGGAAGAGCGGAGUCCUGGUGGGGUCAGCUGAACGCCUGCGUUGAGCCCUGCCAGAAGCCAGCACCGUCCAGAGGUGUUUUCAGUUUUCACUUGGGCCGUUUGUUAGGUUUCUGCCAUCUGUGCCCGUGGUGGCCUGGGCCACUGUCCUGAUCCAGUGUGUGUCUUUUUUAAACAGAAGGACGUUCCCUUCACCAAACCCAACUCGUGUUCCCCUUGAACUGUCACAGCGUGCCUGCCCGUCUCUUUGCUUCCCGUGGGACGUGCAGCCACAUCAGCCUGUACUAAACAAGCGUCUGUUACGUGCUGGGCUCCACUGAGGGCCAGGGACUGUGUACCCGCAGCCCCUGCUUUUGUGAAGCAGUGAUUCAGUGGGAAAGACAAAUGGUAAUCCUGUACAAGGUGACAUGGCAACUGUUAGAAACAGGAAAAAACAACAGUGCCAAGACGUGGAGGGAUCUUGGGAUAGUCAGAGAGGACCUCUCAGGCAGGAGGAGGGAGUAACCAGGCAGAGGAAACAGUCCAUGCAAAGGCCCUGUGGUUAGAAGUGACGGGAAGGACAGCAGGAAGGCUGAUGGAGAGUUUGGGGGCACAGCACAGCCCCAGGCUGGACGGGUGAGUGACGAAAGUUUGUGGGGGCUUUGAGCUUAGGCAAGUUUGUGGGAUCUCUCAGGAACAAUACACCUUUAUGAAUAAGAAUUAUGACAGCAAAGAUUUAUUUAGAAGAUUCCUUUGUAGGAGGGGUCCAUUCACUUAGAGAAUCUGCCUCUGGGGACUUCCCCAGGGGUCCAGUGGCUAAGAUACAUGCGCUCCCAAUGCAUGGGGUCUGGGUUCCAUCCCUGAUCAGGGAAUCAGAUCUCACAUGCCUCAACUAAGACGUGGAGCAACUAAAUAAGUACUUUUGAAAAAAAAAAAUCUACCUCUGCAAGGUGGUUGGUAAGGUAUGGAGCUACUUUACCAGGCAAUAAAGCUUGUCACCCUGGCUAGCCUGCCCCCCACCCCCUCCUGGGGAAGCCCCAGACCUUGCAUACCCCAGUGAUGAGGGUGAAGGCUGGAGUGUCUAUGGGGGGUGUGCAGGGUCUGCUGGAGAUCGGAGAGGCCUGAAGGAUUUUAGCUGUGGUGGGAUAGAUUCAAGGGGUCAUCCGAUUUGCACUGGUGGACUGAUUGGAAGCCAACAGGAGCAGGGGUGAGCGGCAGGUUGGGGGGCUAUUUCAGUGGUUUAGGCCUAGCUCAAAGGUGGUGCAGCGAGCUGAGUGGUGGCGAGGUGUGACCCACAAUUCACAUGCACAGCCCCUGCUAAUGGGCGCUGAGUUUUCAGGGUCUUGCUAGUUUGUACAAAAAUGCUGCCCUGGACAUUUUAAUAAAUGUUACCACAUACUUUGGUAAACUUGUGCUUAUAUCUGAGGGGCAGAUUCCUAGCAGUGGAAUUGCUGGAACAACCGAAUUUUCACCUUCUGGUAUGUUAUUGUGAAGUGGCCCUCUGAAGUGGUUGUAUUAACUUACCUUUGCUAGCAGUAGACCUCAAAACCCAGCCAGCACUGACCAUUAUACUUGCCAUUAAGAUGUGAAAACCAGGGUUUCCCUGGUGGCUCAGUGGUUAAAAAAGAAAAUCCGCUUGCCAGUGCAGUGGAUGUGGGUUGGAUCCCUGGUCCAGGAAGAUCCCACAUGUCUCAGGCAGUAAGCCCUAAGCCCAGGUACCAAAACUGUUGAGCCCAUGUGGUGCAACUUUUGAAGCCCAUGCGCCUACAGCCUGUGCUCCCCAACAGGAGAAGCCACUGCAAUGAGAGGCCCGUGCACUGCAACUCGAGAGGAGCCCGCAUUUGUGGCAACUAGAAGAAAGCCCGGGAAGCAACAAGGAUCCAGCUCAUACAACCAAAAGUAUAAACAAGUUUUUUUGUUUUUUUUUAAGAAACUGAAAACCACAUCUUCAUUGGCUCCCUUGAAGCCACCAGACUGGAGAGGCCAUGUGCAAAGGCCACACAGAGAUAAAGAUGCCCAGAGAGCCCCACCUGGUCCAGCCCCAUCUGGGGCCUUCACAGCCCAGGUGCACACAAGUAAGCAAGUGAGUCUUCAGAUAGCCCCAGCCCUCAGGACGUCACAGGGAUGCAGGAAGCAGAGGAGCUACACAGAAAAGCCAUGCAGAUUCAUGAACAAGAGAAAUGCCAUAUUUAAGGUGGAGAGUGGGAUUAUAUAUAAUACAUAUACACGUGCACAUGUAUAAAUUCAUUUUUACUUCUGCAUGUUUGUUUUCACCCUGAAUAUUCAUUGGAAGGACUGAUGCUGAAGCUGAAGUUCCAGUACUUUGGCCACCUGAUGUGAAGAGCCAACUCACUGGAAAGACCCUGAUGCUGGGAAAGAUUGAGGGCAGGAGGAGAAGAGGGUGAGAGGCUGAGAUAGUUGGAUGGCAUCACCGACUCAAUGGACAUGAGUCUGAGCAAACUCCUGGAGAUAAUGAAGGACAGGGAAGCCUGGUGUGCUGCAGUCCACGGGGUCACAAAGAGUCGGAUAUGACUGCGCGACAGAACAACAACAUGUUUAUUGUCAUGUCUCUUGCUUUAAUACAGUCACAUGGCAUCUUUGACUAUCAACUAUGAAACUUGGAAACUUAAUAGUCCUCCUUCUGCCUCCCUGGUUUCUGAUGAUCAGACUGUAGUUUUUAGUACUUCUGGUGGUUUCCUUUACAUUGUUAAACCUCUACCCUGGUGGCUAAGAUGGUAAAGAAUCUGCCUGCAGUGCAGGAGACCUGGGUUUGAUCCCCCGGUCAGGAAGAUCCCCUGAAGAAGAAAAUGGCAACCCACUGCAAUAUUCCUGCCUGGAGAAUCCUGUGGAGAGAGGAACCUGGCAGGCUACAGUCCAUAGGGUUGCAAAGAGUUGGACACGAUUGAGCGACUAACACUUUGUACUUUCAGUAUGUGUUAACUCCUCAUCAAGGUGGGAAAUUCUCAAACUUC